AUGCUUUCAGGUUCAACCGUUGGGAGUUACUUCCAACUCAGAGCUGUAAAUUUCCACAAAAGACCAAUUUCUGGUUUAAGAGAGAAGGUGGAGUUUUCGAGUGUAAGGUUCUUUCUUAAGCAUCAAGUUUCCUGCAAGCUUACUGAUGCAAAUGAUUCAUGCUCAUCAAAGGAGCUUGGAAAGAGUCAACCUUUGGUUAAGAUGUGUGGCAUUACGUCGGCUAAGGAUGCUGCAGUGGCAGCUGAAGCUGGUGCAGAUUUAAUUGGAAUGAUCAUCUGGCCUAACUCAAAACGUUCUGUUUCACUAUCGGUUGCAAAGGAGAUAUCAAAAGUUGCAAGAGAUUAUGGAGCAGAACCUGUGGGUGUAUUUGUCGAUGAUGAUUCAGAAACAAUUCUAAGAGCUUCUGAUACGGCAAACCUUGAAUUUGUACAGCUUCAUGGACAUGCUUCUCGGUUAGCUUUCCCAUUUUUAAUUCAGGAAAAUCGUGUAAUAUAUGUUCUCCAUGCAAAUGACGAUGGAAAUCUUUCAAACACUCUUUCUGAGGAAGAGUGUUCUCUAGUUGAUUGGGUUCUUGUUGAUAGUGCACAGGGUGGCAGUGGUAAAGCAUUCGAUUGGGCCCAGCUAAAACUACCAAAAAUUAAAAGCAAGUACGGUUGGCUCUUAGCCGGUGGGAUCAAUCCUGAGAAUGUUUCUAAGGCUCUAUCAACUCUCAAGCCUGAAGGGGUGGAUGUCAGCAGUGGCAUAUGUGCAUCAGAUGGCAUCCGUAAAGAUCAAUCAAGAAUAGCCUCUUUCAUGAAUGCAGUGCAUUCUUUUCAGUGUUGA